GAGGCGUGUUGUGCAGGGCGGAGGGAGGAGCACCGGGGCUCGGGCUUGGCGGCGAAGCGACCCUUCGCUCGCUCGGCGCCGCGGGCUAGGCGUGUUGGUCGGCGAGGCGGGCGGCCACGGCUUCCCGACAGGCUCGGGAGGCCGAGACCCUCGCGGCGCCCGGCGCUGCCCCGGCCCCCACGGCCUCCAGCGGCGAGGCGGGGGAGUGAGGAGAUGCCGACCCAGAGGGACAGCAGCACCAUGUCCCACACGGUCGCGUGCGGCGGCGGCGGGGACCAUUCCCACCAGGUCCGGGUGAAAGCCUACUACCGCGGGGAUAUUAUGAUAACACACUUCGAGCCUUCCAUCUCGUUUGAGGGACUUUGCAGUGAGGUUCGAGACAUGUGUUCUUUUGACACUGAACAGCCAUUCACCAUGAAAUGGAUAGACGAGGAAGGAGACCCGUGUACAGUGUCUUCUCAGUUGGAGUUAGAAGAGGCUUUCAGGCUGUAUGAGCUGAACAAGGAUUCUGAACUCUUGAUCCAUGUAUUUCCGUGUGUUCCAGAGCGUCCUGGAAUGCCCUGCCCAGGAGAGGACAAGUCCAUUUACCGCAGAGGGGCACGCCGGUGGAGGAAGCUGUACUGUGCAAAUGGCCACACUUUUCAAGCCAAGCGUUUCAACAGGCGCGCCCACUGCGCCAUCUGCACAGACAGAAUCUGGGGCCUCGGACGGCAGGGGUACAAGUGCAUCAACUGCAAACUGCUGGUUCAUAAGAAGUGCCACAAGCUGGUCACAAUCGAGUGCGGGCGCCAUUCCUUGCCACCGGAACCCAUGAUGCCAAUGGACCAGUCAUCCAUGCAUCCGGACCACACGCAGACAGUAAUUCCAUAUAAUCCUUCAAGUCAUGAGAGUUUGGACCAAGUUGGUGAAGAAAAGGAGGCAAUGAACACCAGGGAGAGCGGGAAAGCGUCGUCGAGUCUAGGUCUCCAGGAUUUCGAUCUGCUUCGAGUCAUAGGGAGAGGAAGUUACGCCAAAGUUCUAUUGGUUCGGUUAAAAAAAACAGAUCGCAUUUAUGCUAUGAAAGUUGUGAAGAAAGAGCUUGUCAAUGAUGAUGAGGAUAUCGAUUGGGUGCAGACAGAGAAACACGUGUUUGAGCAGGCGUCCAAUCACCCUUUUCUCGUUGGGCUGCAUUCUUGCUUCCAAACAGAAAGCAGGUUGUUUUUUGUCAUAGAAUAUGUGAAUGGAGGGGAUCUCAUGUUUCACAUGCAGCGACAGAGAAAACUUCCUGAAGAACAUGCCAGGUUUUACUCUGCAGAAAUCAGUCUAGCACUAAAUUAUCUUCAUGAGCGAGGGAUAAUUUAUAGAGAUUUGAAGUUGGACAAUGUACUGCUGGACUCUGAAGGACACAUUAAGCUCACCGACUAUGGCAUGUGUAAGGAAGGAUUGCGGCCUGGAGACACAACCAGCACUUUCUGUGGCACGCCCAAUUACAUUGCUCCUGAGAUCUUAAGAGGAGAAGAUUAUGGCUUCAGCGUGGACUGGUGGGCUCUUGGAGUGCUUAUGUUUGAGAUGAUGGCGGGAAGGUCUCCAUUUGAUAUCGUUGGGAGCUCUGACAAUCCUGACCAAAACACAGAGGAUUAUCUAUUCCAAGUCAUUUUGGAAAAGCAGAUUCGCAUCCCGCGUUCUCUGUCUGUAAAAGCAGCAAGUGUGCUAAAGAGUUUCCUCAACAAGGACCCAAAAGAACGAUUGGGUUGUCACCCUCAAACUGGAUUUGCUGACAUUCAAGGACACCCAUUCUUCAGAAAUGUGGAUUGGGACAUGAUGGAGCAAAAGCAGGUGGUUCCGCCCUUUAAACCAAACAUUUCUGGAGAAUUUGGUUUGGAUAACUUCGAUUCCCAGUUUACUAAUGAACCAGUCCAGCUCACUCCAGAUGAUGAUGACAUCGUGAGGAAGAUUGAUCAGUCUGAAUUCGAAGGUUUCGAGUAUAUCAACCCCCUCUUGAUGUCUGCAGAAGAGUGUGUCUGAUUCUGCUGACUGCUGUUUAGUGCAUGGGUCAGCCCGUUAGCCUGGCCACAGUUCACAUUUUAUGUUGUCCCUACAGAAAUCUCUCUCGCUAUCCGGUUAGAGACUAUAGGAAUCACACAGCUAAGUAGAGCUGAGGAACAGAAGCUAGCUCCUGACAGUCAUGUCAAAUCCUGCUUACACUUGCUCUCCAGAGGCUCCUAAUGAGAAAGGACGGUGUCUUUGUGUAAAGGAAGCAACACAGCUUGUCAAAGAAAGCCUCUGCUGCGUUGUGACACGCGAUGGGAUGACAUCAUCAGGCUCCCACAGCUGUGGUCACUUUGGGUUAAGUCACUGAAGGCUUCAUUGUGGAGUGUAGGGCCGUGCAGAGUGGCGCCUGCUAGUGUGACUGGCUUCCCAGUUCCCACAGUCUAAGACGCCUCCUAUAAAUCCUCUCAUUACUUUGGCUAAUUAGUGAUAUUUAAAGAAGCAGUUAUCAAAUUGAUACGCAACUGACUUGUUUUAUUAAGAAUUGCGUUCUAAAUUAUUAGCUGUGUUUCAAAAACUGGCACAGUAACUUAUUUAUUCUGUAUUUUAAUUUUUUUUUUUUUUUUACAAUAAGCGGUUCACUCCAAGCAUGCCUUUUCAGUGAGAACUAGCGUGCUGACGCGUGUUCAGAGGCAGAAGCAGGGUGUGAGUGGCAGCCGCUCACAGACUGGGAGGGAAGAAGCUUAAAGCAGCUGCAGGAAGAACAGCGCUAGUGCUUUAUUUCUUACUGGAGAGCAGAUCCUGCAGUUGGUGUUUUAGAUUCGAUGUAAAUAAUGAGGAGGCUCUCACUUCUGACCCAACUUAGAAAAGCAUUCCGUUUAUUCAGGGGAGGCGGAGUGAAUAUAUUUUUUUUUAUUAUUUAGUAUAUGGGAAAAUAAUUUAUCUUCUAAGUAGAAUGUCUUAACUGCUUUUGGUUCUUUCUCCAGAGUACAGUAUCUGUACUUUGACCUUUUCAUGAAGUCUGCAGUGAAAUUCAAGACCAAUAAUGAUAUGAUGACCAUGAAUAACUAUGUAACACACGUCUCUCUCUCUCUCUCACACACACACACACACACACACACACACCACAGUUCUAGCUUUUCCUGAGCUCUGAUGUCAUGGCUAACAUGUGAUACAGAGUAAAGUCCAUUUCAGGGCAGAGUUCUUUAGUUCUCGACAAUAUUUUUAUUAAUAGUAGUAUUUAGCAAUCUCUUAUUUAAAGAAGUACCAUUUUAAGCACCAUUCUGCUGUUUAUUUUAAAUAUUUUUAUAUAAAGGACUUUAAAAUGAUCAUCUAAAUAAGCUACAGUUGUCAAAUCUGUUAAUUUUAGGAAUACUAUAUAGUGUUGAGCUUAUAAUGAUUUAAAACAUGUAAGCAUUUGAAAAUAUCUUUUUGAGGAUGCUACAUUUCGUUAGAAGUGUAAGUUGUGUCGUUUGUAUUGUGUGUUUUCUUCAAACAAUGUAAAACUGAGAGCAGUGAAAACCUCCAUUGAUUAAAGCCAACGAAGGACAUCGAGGUGGCUCAGCACUCGUCAACACCUGGGUCCCACGUGCUGGGAGGAGCGGGCGGGCGGGCGGACGCCCCACGGUUGGACGGACAGACCGGCGGGCGGGCGAAGCCAUCGAGGGACAUCAAGGUGGCUCAGCACUCGCCAACGCCUGGGUCCCACGUGCUGGGAGGAGCUGGCGGGCGGGCGGGCGCCCCACGGAUGGACGGACAGACCGGCGGGCGGGCGCUCCACAGACGGAAGCUCCGUAGGCUGGCAGCCUUGGCCAUGCACAGCCCUCCCCUGCAGGACACCAGGGAGGGGAGCACACAAGUAAGUGCAGGAAACGCACAUCCACAGGCAGAUGCUGUACACACUUCAUGUUGAGAAGUGUGCGUUCCCCUUACUAAGACCCAGAAGCUGUCUUAAAUCAAAAGGCAGUAUUCACAUCGAAAGCUGGCAGGGACUGGCUCCGAGGUGUUUGCUCACGACCUAAGUGGCGCUUCUCUCUUCCUUGGGGCGUGCUUAGACUGAACUGCUAACGUGCACAGUGUCCAGCCUGCCUGGGACUCUUAGGAACUUUGUAUUUUACUUUGAGAAACAUUUUCUUCAAGUUAUUCUUUUUCUUGUGGCCAUAUUUCUUAUUGGAGAGUGAGUCUUAUGUUUUUUUGUGAUAAAACAUUUUAAGAAGGGAUAAUGAGUGAAUUAUCAUGCAUUUGUCAACAAAUUUAGAUUAAUAAAUUCAGGUUAUACGUCUUCCCUGCCCUCAUCCCCAACGAAACCUUACAUUUUCUGCCAAUGAUGUAUAAAAGAUGAGCAUUGUUCUGUGAUGAGGUUUUAACCAUAAUCAAUGGUUGUUUUUAAAUCUUUUGUUGUUGUAGUUAUUGUUGUUAACUAAUAAGACUUACUAUGUGUCUUUUAUACAGAAUUAUUACAAAUGAUUUUAAUUCAGUUCUAGUUUUCAGUCCUUAAGUGCCAUGCCAGUAUGUUAUUGAAACGUUCUCUCGGAAUACUCGCCAGAGGGAUGCGGGUGUAGACGGGCUGAGUGAUGGGCACUUGGUGUCUUAGAAAUCAUUCAUUUUGCAUCCGCUGUGAUCAGAUCGGUUUAUCACAUGCUGCUGGGUGGGUGUCCAGGUAUGUGUGUCCUCGUUGCCCGUACUGAUGUAGAAAUUUGUUUUAAUUGUCAUGUAGAACACUGCCUUGUUCACUAUAAUGUAAUCUGUAUUUGUAUAAUUUUUUUACAUUAAAAUCUUUAAAUAAAAUGUUUAAUACCUAU